AUGUACUUAUUUACACAUUUACCCCUAGUACUUAGCAUAUUAAGUAGUACCUAUGCAGACUGUGGGUGCAGUACCAACCGGCAUGGACAGUGCAAUAAAGAAAACUCGGACGCAAGUCUCAAAUAUUCCAGAAAAUCAAAUGAAGAUGACAAUACACAAAAAGUGCAUUUAGAUACAUCCAACAUGGUGCUAAUAGAAGGAACAACCUUUGAAAUGGGGACUAACAAGCCUAUCUUUGAGAGUGAUCAUGAGGGCCCAAUGCGUAAUGUUUCUGUAAAAUCUUUUUAUCUAGAUAUGUAUGAAGUUUCCAAUCAAAAUUUUUAUGAUUUCAUCAAAGAAACUGGAUAUCAAACCGAAGCUGAAAAAUUUGGUGACAGUUUCAUUUUUGAAAUGGUUUUACCAGAGAACCAAAGGGAGAAUUAUAAGGAUGUCAGAGCUAUGCAAGCACCUUGGUGGAUAAAAAUGAAUGGAGCAUACUGGAAACAUCCUGAGGGGCAAGGAUCUACUAUUGAAGGAAGAAUGAAUCACCCUGUAGUGCAUGUUUCAUGGAAUGAUGCUGUGAAAUAUUGUGAAUAUUUUGGAAAAAGGUUGCCCACUGAAUCAGAAUGGGAAAUGGCAUGUAGAUCAGGUUUAAGACGCAAGUUAUACCCUUGGGGAAACAAAUUGAAUCCUAAAGGAAAACAUUGGGCAAACAUUUGGCAGGGUGAGUUUCCAAAAAUAAAUACAGAAGAAGAUGGAUAUGGGUUCACAUGCCCUGUGGAUGAAUUUCCUCCAAAUAAAUUUGGCCUUUAUAAUAUGGCAGGAAAUGUUUGGGAGUGGACACAGGACAAUUGGUUGGGACACCCUGAUUCCAAAGUAAAAAAGGGGGGUUCGUUCCUUUGCCAUGAGUCCUACUGCUGGAGAUACAGAUGUGCUGCCAGGUCACAAAACACCAAAGACAGUUCAGCCUCUAACCUAGGAUUUCGCUGUGCUGCCGCUCAUUGAAAUUUCGAUCAUGUCAAAAUUGACGCGGGCAGAAAAGAGAAACAUAAAAGAUCUAAUAAUUUUCGAUAAUAUAUCUCACUAGAUCGUACCUAGAAAUAGAAGUAUUUAAACCACAACAAGAGUGAGACAAGACAAGUUGAAUUCACAUUACUGGCUGGUCACGUGACAGCUCCCCAAUAUGCUAUAUCGCGCCUAAAGGCAGAUGACUCAUCAACCCCAAGAUAGGUCCAGGUCAAACAACUCUCAUCCAAACAUUUUUUCGCCCAUAAAACGCAAAUUUGAGGAAUUAUCUCAAAAAUCCUCAACCUUGAAAGGUUGAAAUUCUAUGCUAUACAAGAGUUUAAGUGAUUAAAAAAUAGCUAAUGGAGGGAGAGAUUAUAUCUGUCAUUUUUUGUCCUUUCUCUCUCUUAUGUUGUUUCAAAACUCUGUACAGAACUGUGAAGCAAGGAUCUAGUAGUUUAUAUAUACAUUUUAUUAGAUCUUCGGGAAAACCUCUAGAAACCAAAAUGGCCAGAAACAAAUUCAAAAUACUUAAUAGCUUUUGGUACCACUUUAAUCUUUUCUAGAGGUUUUUGCUUUCUCAAAACAAAACAAACUGGCAGAUUUGAAACUGUACUUACAAUAAAUAAUCCUGCCUAAAAGUCUUCCAACUCUAAAUAUAUAUAUUUAAAUAUAAGAAUUUGUUGUACAAUAUGUUUUACGUUGAAAUAAAUUAUUGAUAAUAACUUCAACUGACUUACAUAACCUCUAACCCAACUAAUUAAAUGGAAUGUGAGAAUUAGAAACUUUGUCCUUAAGUAAUUGUCCCAGAAUUCCAGUUAUUUUUCAACUAUCUGCUGUUUAACAGUUUUAAACCUAUAUUGAGCAUGUGUCAAAUUUACGAAAAUAUAUUUUAUUUAGAUAACUGCAAAAAUAAUUCAAGAUACUGUAAUGAAAGCUUGUGCUCCCAUUUUUCUCUAUAUUGCAUUGUUUCAAAACAAUAUUGUCUCAUUUGUUUCAUAUUGAUUUUCUCAUAAUUUCACCAGAUUUCUUUUUUAAAAAUAUGUUAACAAAAUGGAUUCUUCAAUUCAUCCGGGAAAAGGCAAGGCAAAUAAUGACUAC